AUGUCGUAUUUGAAUAACCCUGCUAUUGUGAUGGACAAUGGUACAGGUUUGACCAAGUUAGGGUUUGCUGGUAAUGAUUCUCCAUCGUGGAUCUUCCCAACUGCAAUUGCCACCGCUCAAUCUUCCAAUGCUAAAUCUUCUGCAAACGCUCCUCAAGGUCUAGGUAAUGCAAAAGCAGGUGUCUCUAACCCUGCUACCAGUAAUCCAUAUUUUGGCAAUUCCACUUCUGCCACUUCUUUUGCAUCAAAUUCAAACGCUUUCCUGCUUUCAAACAAUUUGGCUGGUAAAAGAGGUACCGAAGAUUUGGAUUUCUAUAUCGGUAAUGAAGCUCUAGUGGCCUCGCAAGGUCCUGCUUAUUCCCUAAGCUAUCCAAUUAGACACGGUCAAGUCGAAAACUGGGAUCAUAUGGAAAGAUUUUGGGAAAACUCCAUUUUCAAAUACUUGAGAGCCGAACCAGAAGAUCAUUUCUUCCUAUUGACUGAACCACCAUUAAACCCACCUGAGAAUAGAGAACAAGUAGCUGAAAUUUUCUUUGAAUCUUUCAACUGUGCUGGUUUGUAUAUUGCUGUUCAAGCUGUCUUGGCUUUAGCAGCUUCUUGGACUUCCGCCCAGGUAACUGACAGAUCUCUAACCGGAACAGUCAUCGAUUCAGGUGAUGGUGUUACUCACGUUAUCCCUGUCGCUGAAGGUUAUGUCGUUGGUUCUGCGAUUAAGAAUAUUCCAAUUGCCGGUAGAGAUAUCACUUUGUUCAUUCAAUCACUGUUAAGAGAACGUGGUGAAGCUGACUCUUCUUUGAAAACUGCGGAACGUAUUAAACAGGAAUAUUGUUAUGUAUGUCCAGAUAUUGUAAAAGAAUUUAAUAAAUUUGACAGACAACCAGAAAAAUUCGCACAAUUUAUCAUAGAAAACCAAGAUAAGACAACUAAAAAAGUUAUCGAUAUCGGUUAUGAAAGAUUCUUAGCUCCUGAAAUUUUCUUUAACCCAGAAAUUGCUUCCUCAGAUUUCUUAACACCAUUACCAACUGUUGUUGACCAAACUAUCCAAGCAUGCCCAAUCGAUGUCCGUAAAGGAUUAUAUAAUAAUAUUGUUCUAUCUGGUGGUUCUACUAUGUUCAAAGAUUUUAGCCGUCGUUUACAAAGAGAUGUUAAGAGUAUAGUAAGUAAUAGAAUUGCACAAAAUGAAGCAUUGACGGGUACAAAAUCCACUGGUGUCGAUGUCCAAGUUAUUUCACACAGAAAACAAAGAAAUGCAGUUUGGUUUGGUGGUUCAUUAUUGGCACAAACCGCUGAAUUCAAAGGUUACUGUCAUACAAAGAAGGAUUAUGAAGAACAUGGUCCUGAAAUUGUUAGAAACUUUAGUUUAUUCAAUAUGGUUUAA